AUGCCGUGCUUGGAGUUUGUUAGUUUAGGAGGGAAACCUAUUACAUUAUAAAUUGAUUGAAAUGGAUUGAAAAUUUGUUUUCAACCCAUUGAGUGAAAAUGACGGUUAGAAAGAUUUCAAAAUUGUUCUUCAUGAGUUCUACGCUUUUGAUUUGGAAUGGCAUUAUCGUGACCCUACUUUUAGGGGAAUCGUCAUUUCCACACCCUCUGGUUUUAAUUUUGAAAGCUCUUAUCCCUAUAGGUCACGCAUUUAUACUCGUUUCGACUUUGUGUUUGAUAUGUGCAUCGUCAAAUGCUGGAGUGAUGAUACAGAUCGCAUUUUCAAUGGCUUUCAAUGGUGUAUCCUCCUUCUUUUUGACAAGACGUGCAGGUAGAAACCUUGGUUUGACCACUAUUCUGAUAUGGCUACUCCCUAUACCUUUUGUGUUGUUUUUCAAUAUGCAGCAUACCUGGAUGCAACUCAGAAGUUUUGGUCUACGGUUACAUCGAAGAAUUAGAUUUGUGUUUUGCUUUGAAUGGGAAGAUGAAGAUGUUCCUGCUGCUGGUGGUGCACCUCCUCCUCCAGUUUCAGCGGCGGAUUCUGCGGUGGCUGGUGGUGCACCUCCUCCUCCAGUUUCAGCGGCGGAUUCUACGGUGGCUGGUGGUGCACCUCCUCCUCCAGUUUCAGCGGCGGAUUCUGCGGUGGCUGGUGGUGCACCUCCUCCUCCAGUUUCAGCGGCGGAUUCUGCAGUGGCUGCCACCACCUCCGCUUAAGAAGCUAAUAAUUAUGUACAACAGGCCAAUACAGCAAGAAUAGAAGCUCAGACACAUGCAAAGCAGCUCGUGCAACAGAUGCCAAAGAGAGAGCAAAUGUUGAAUGUGCAGCGGCCGCUGAUUCUGCUGCUAGGGCUGUGGUCGACAGAGGUUUUAUUUACGUUUAGUCCAGAUGAUAUUAGUACAUGUUGCUUGCUUUCUAUAGAAUGGUUUCUUCUUUCUUGCCAUUUCUAUAGGAUUAAAUCUGAUCUUUUGUUUGUAUUUCUCCAAAUAAAUUGGUACUUCUUUCUUACCAUUUCUUUUGGAUUAAAUGUGAUUGUGUGUAUUUCUGCAUUUGUUCUGCACAAUAAACCUUAUUACAGAUCUAGUGAGAAAUAAAGCUCAUUCGUGAUGGUUCACAUUA